AUGACGAAAAGACCAGCUGAAGAGUUGCUUGAGGACGCGCCGUCCGUCAACUCCCCAGCCUCAAAGCGCUCGCGAGUCGAAGGCGUACAGGAAGGCAAACAACUAUCGGAGCAGACCAACCAUCGUAGCCCGCUCCACGAGCGACGAUGGGAAGACGACGAACGCAAUGGGAAAGACAUCUUAGCAGCAGCGGACCAGGAAGAGGAAGAGAUUGAGGAAGGUUCUGCACAUCAAAUUCCUAUUUCCGAUGAGGACGAAGAGGAAUCAGCAGUUUCCGCUCCUGCUCGCCAAACUGCACCGACGGAGGGUUAUAGUGACCUUUACCUGGAUACAAUACAGCGAUCAGUGCUAGAUUUCGAUUUUGAAAAGCAGUGCUCCGUCUCGCUGUCCAAUAUUAAUGUUUAUGCAUGCUUAGUUUGCGGGAGGUAUUAUCAGGGCCGGGGUCCCAAGUCGCAUGCGUACUUCCAUGCGCUCGAUGUUGGACAUCACGUUUUCGUGAAUAUGGAGACGAAGAAGGUGUAUGUCUUGCCUGAAGGGUAUGAAGUGAAGAGCAGCAGCUUAGACGACAUCAAAUAUGUGGUUGAUCCGCAGUAUAAAAAGGAAGAGGUUACGAAACUUGACAAGGUGGUUAUUGAUGCUGUGGAUUUGGCCGGCAAGCGAUACAGACCCGGAUUCGUUGGGAUGAACAAUAUCAAAUCCAAUGACUACCUCAAUGUCAUUGUCCAAGUUCUCGCCCACGUCCGCCCCAUCAGGAACUUCUUCCUUCUCCACCGAUUCCCUACCCCAGGAACUCCCCAACUCCCACUCCGCUUCGGUAUCUUAGUGCGCAAGCUGUGGAAUCCACGCGCAUUCAAAUCUCACGUUUCACCUCACGAGUUACUCCAGGAAGUUGCCCUCCGCUCCUCUAAGCGAUUCACACUUACCCAGCAAUCCGACCCUGUCGAAUUCCUCUCCUGGUUCCUAAACAACCUCCACCUCAGCCUGGGAGGCUCCAAACGCCCAUCCCCAACCCCAACCAGCGUAAUCCACACCGCAUUCCAAGGCCACCUCCGCAUCGAAAGCCAGGCCAUAACCGCGCGCUCGGACGCCGCCAACGCCCGCCUGGUCUUCUCCGAAUCCAGCAGCACAACCUCCCAAACAACCCCCUUCCUAAUCCUAACCCUCGACCUCCCUCCCACUCCACUAUUCCAGUCCACCAACGCAGAAUCCGUAAUCCCCCAGGUGCCCCUCACAACCCUUCUGAACAAAUACAACGGCCUCAUCGCAUCCGAGAAACUCUCACAUCGUGUGCGUCAUCGCCUCCUCCACCCUUUACCCCCCUACCUCCUCUUCCACAUAAAGCGCUUCAGCAAAAACAAAUUCGUCUCCGAACGCAACCCCACAAUCGUCACCUUUCCUUCCCCACGCUCCCUAGACAUGUCACCCUACGUCGAGCCAAACACCUCCAUCUGCGCCCCCGGUGAACCCAUCUGGUACGAUCUAGUCGCAAACGUCAUUCUCGACGCCACAGUCACCGCUCCAGGAGUUGGCGAUAGCAGCGAGGGCUCUUCCACCACCUCCGGCAUUACAACCAAGGGAACUGGCGUUGGAGGCGCAUCUACUUCUUCGACGACACCUGGCGCGGGUGCGGGGAAUGAUAAGGUCUCCUGGCUCGUUCAGUUGCAUGACAAGGCUAUGAGUGUUGAAAACGGGCAGGUGCAGCAGCAGAAAGGGCCGGAGUGGCUUGAGAUUCAGGACUUGUGGGUGCAGAGGGCGGAGAGUGAGACGCUUUUUACGCGUGAGGGGUAUUUGAUGGUGUGGGAGAGGAGGAAAGUUGGUGGGGAGGGGAAGGGUAAGGGCAAAGGUUAG